GACCAGAACCAGACAGGAACUCAGAUCCAGAUAGACAUCCAGAACCAGAUACUGAUGAGGAGAUUGGAGACUCUGAAUUCAAGGAUGAGUUCAGUGAUGUUGACGGGACGGAGAGCAGAGAACCUCAGUCGGGUUUAAACUCAGGAUGUAAUACCGUUAAGAAGUCAUUCAGCUGCUCCGACUGCGGGAAAAUAUUUGGCCGAAAGGAACAUCUGCAAACUCACGUAAGGAUCCACACCGGAGAGAGACCAUUCAGCUGCUCUCACUGUGGGAAAACAUUCGGCUGUAAGAGGUCGCUGCUGGGUCACAUGACAAGUCACACCGGAGAGAAACCGUUUAGCUGCUCUCAGUGCGGGAAGCGAUUUGGCCGGAUGGUGAAUCUGAAGACUCACGAGAGGCUUCACACCGGAGAGAGACCAUUCAGCUGCCCCUUCUGUGCCAAAGGUUUCACACAAAAGGUUCACAUGACUCAGCACACGGCCGUCCACACGGGACAGAAACAGUUCAGUUGCAACAUCUGUGACAAAAAGUUCACAUGGCUUUCAGGGUUCAGACGACACAAGUGUGGCAGCGAGCAGUCCGAGCUCGACGAGAGCCAAGUGGAGGAGAACUCGGUGGAAGUGGGAGAGAAACCGUUUCGGUGCCGCCAGUGUGGGAACACAUUCCAUCACAAGCACAACCUGAAGGCUCACAUGAGAAUUCACACGGGAGAGAAACCGUUUAGCUGCUCCGUGUGCGCUAAAGGCUUCGCUGCAAGCGGAGCUCUGAAGAAACACCUGAGAACUCAUUCGGGAGAGAAACCCUUCAGCUGCUCCGUCUGCGGCAUCAGAUUCACACAAGGAGGGAACCUGAAGCGCCACAUGGCUCAGCACACGGUAGAGACCCGAGAGAAACCCUUCAGCUGCUCCGUCUGUGAAAAGAACUUCACGCAGGUAUCGAACAUGAGGCGGCACAUGACGCAACACGCUGCCACUGAUACAGGAAGUGAAGCUGUGAGUGGUUCAGAUCUGACUCAUUAGGAAGAGACUUCCAGUUCACAUUGUCACUGACUACAAACCGCCUGACAAAGAUGUUCAACGUAUUGUAUUAUAAAUAUUUAUAUAUAGAUAUAUAGAAUAUUUCUAUUUGUUAUAAUAAUAACAAAUAAAAAUAUUUUGGUUUGGUCUGUAAAAGAGUCCGAAAUUCAGUUUAAGAGUCUUUUGUAAUCAAUUAUUAAAAUAGUUGCUGAUUGUUUGAUUUAUUUAUCGAUGACUUGUUGCAGGUCUGUAGACUUUUAACCUUCAGUCUGAUUCAAUGAGGGAGACUGACUCCAGAUCAGCUGAGUCCAACCUGAACGUUACUGGGAGCUGUGGUUUAAUGAAGAACUUUGUUCCAUGUGUUAUGAAUGACUUCAUGUCUUUCUUUAUGAAAAUAAACUACAAUGUGUAUUCUUGCUAAUGAAGGAACAUGUUUUAAUGGAGCUCUGAGAGGUCAGACGACGUUCUUACUGUUGUUGUUUUCACUUGUUGUUGUUGCUUCUCGUUCUGUUGAUGUAAACUGUCACUACCCAAAUAGCAGGUGACUCCAGGGCGGAUCACUCAGUUUGGCCAUACGCACAGGAUACGGGCACCGUCAAACAGCGGACUCACUGCGGACACCAGGCGGAUCCGCAUAUCGAACGCGCCUUUUUUCACGUUCAAAUACUGCGGGCAGGUAACAGGCAGCCUACCAUUAGGACCCAGGCAACAGGGGGCAUACCAUACAAUGGGGUGGGAGGUUCACCUUUCCUCCUGAACUCAGACAAACCUGAGAGAGCAGCUGAUCAGCCUCAAGGCCAGCCUUUGUUUGGUGACUGAUUUGGGAGGCUCUCUUUCUUUCCUGUUUUAAAUAUGUUUAAAAGCAUGAUUUUAAGAGUGAACUUGUAGAAACAUGAUGUAUUUUUUUUAGGUCAUAGCAUUAAAUCAAAGGUGUGUGAGAUAAUGGUUAAACAUGUGUUAUCUGCUGGAGGGGACGGUGGUCUCGAAAGAUAGAUCAUUACUUUUACAUUGCAUGUUCUAUCAAAUGUUUGUGUAAAGGUUCCUUUUUGUAUAAUUGUUUCUUUUUAGUUUUAAACAAAGAUACUAGAGGAGCCAACCACUGUGUUCCCUGCUUAUUAGAUUUAGUGUGUGUUUACAUCAGUUGACGGCCAUCUUCUGUUUCUUGUGGGGCUUUGUGCUGAAGGGGGAUGGUAGAGUUGACUUCCUGCAUGCAUAUCUACGUGGUUACAUACUAACUGCAAGCUAAAUGAGGCUCGGCGGCUACAUGCUAAGUGUUAGCUAAAAGAUGCUAGGUGGCUACAUGCAGAGUAGAGAGCUUUCAUCUUACUGUGUUGUUAUAUUAUAUUACAUGACACAAAUAGGACAAACGUUCCUCAGGUUCCUUACGUUUUCCCAACACCACAGUGACUUUGUGUUCUCUCUCUGGCAAUAAUUAGCUCAGCAUGAUAAUCCUCUUACGGCUGAGCUCUGUGUUUCCCUGCACGUCUUCUACAGCUGCUUAACAUGUUGCUGUUAGUUACAGUUGCUGAACAUGUUGCUGUUACAGUUGCCCAACAUGUUGCCGUUAGUUGCAGUUUCUGAACUUGUUGCAGUUGCUGAACAUGUUACAGUUGCUGAACAUGUUGCUGUUACAGUUGCUGAACAUGUUACAGUUGCUGAACAUGUUGCAGUUACAGUUCCUCAACAUGUUACAGUUGCUGAACAUGUUGCUGUUACAGUUGCCCAACAUGUUGCCGUUAGUUGCAGUUGCUGAACUUGUUGCAGUUGCUGAACAUGUUACAGUUGCUGAACAUGUUGCUGUUACAGUUGCUGAACAUGUUGCAGUUACAGUUGCUGAACAUGUUGCAGUUACAGUUCCUCAACAUGUUACAGUUGCUGAACAUGUUGCUGUUACAGUUGCUGAACAUGUUCCUGAACAUGUUGCAGUUACAGUUCCUCAACAUGUUACAGUUGCUGAACAUGUUGCUGUUACAGUUGCUGAACAUGUUGCUGUUAGUUACAGUUGCUGAACAUGUUGCAGUUGCUCAACAUGUUGCAGUUACAGUUGCUCAACAUAUUGCAGUUGCUCAACAUGUUACAGUUGCUGAACAUGUUGCUGUUACAGUUGCUGAACAUGUUGCUGUUACAGUUGCUGAACAUGUUGCUGUUAGUUACAGUUGCUGAACAUGUUGCAGUUGUAGUUGCUCAAAAUGUUGCAGUUGCUCAACAUGUUGCAGUUGCUCAACAUGUUGCAGGUCGUCUAUCAAGACAUUCGGCGUCAUGUUAACAAGUUAAUCUGCUGCCUUCCUGUCAUUGGGCCAGAAGUCACCUGGUCAGAGAUAAGCUGCUCUGAUUGGCUCAGAGGGUUCUUGCGCCUCCUCUCAGGUUGGGAGGUGACGGAGCAGCUCAGACUUUCUGCUGCUGCCCUUAAGACAUCCGGAGAGUAACAAGAACCAGGAGAAUAUUCAUCUCACCAUCAAACUGGAUCGGCCCAGGUCCAAAGAACCGUGGAGGAUCCUGGAGAUCCCGUCUGAUAAUGUGAUCCAGACUAGAACACCACCUCCGAAUCACCGCCUCUACUGCUGCUCAAUUGGAUUAAAAGAAGAGAGUUUGGAUUAACAAGCUUGGCUCAGGAGUCACUGUGAAAACAGAGACUGCUGGAGGAACUCACCUGUUGACCAACCAGACAACAACGGGUCUGCACACCUGACGAGCAA